AUGUCUUCAUCUCGGCGCCCGACUGGUUGGUCAACGACGUCCAGCUGGCGAAGGAGAGCUAUUGCAGCGAUGCAGGUGACGAUUGUUUACUCAGCUCAGGAUCAUCUGUACCGAACACGCCUGUACCGCUGCCUGACUGACGCUCUACUCCGGCGUACAACGGCUCUGGCCGAGAGACACACUUGCCGGCCCUACCCCUGCCCACAGGCUCAGGUCGUGGCCGCGUCUCCUCGCCCAUCUGCCGCCGGGCAUGUGACCGAGGCACCGGGACCCCGGCGUCUCAACCACCCCGUCGGCUUAGUUGCUUUAUAA